AUGGAAGCCAAAGCCAUUAGAGAAGAGGCCUUGAUGGCCAGAUCGUCAGGCCGCGAAGCUUUGAAUCAUGCAAUUGCCGCCGCUGACUUGUACAUGAAAGCCGCCAAAGAAGCCACUUCACCCGCCGACCGCGUUCGGUUUCGGAGAAAGUGCGAGGGGCUCAUUACUCAUGCUGAGCAACUCAAGUCCUCGCCCAGGACCAUUUCAACGACUACUACCAAAACCACCACUGUCAUCACCUCAGCGUCGAACCCUGACUGUCAUGUACGCCAAAUACCCUCCAACGAGAGGGCUAUCCUAUUGCGCUCGUCUCGCUUACACGGCAACAUCUUCCCGCCCUGGCAUGAUCCGGCCGAAUACACCAUGUCGCCUCGACAACAGUCCAUUCUCGAAGGCUGGAAACGCCCCGUGGAGCAGGCCAGGGAAGAAACCGUAGACAGGGACUUCAUGGCCUCGGAAAGCGACUGUGACCUUGUACAGGAUGUCACGACGGAUUGUUCAGUCGUAGCCAGCCUAUGUGCCGCCAUGAAGAUUCUUCAAGGGGGUAGACGGUCGAUUCUCAGCUCCAUUAUGUUCCCAUAUGAUCACGGCAAGGGACGACCCAAGAUCUCAAAGAGUGGCAAGUAUAUGUUCCGUAUGCACUUCAACGGCUGUUUCCGUCAGGUCGUCGUGGAUGACCGGCUGCCUGUCUCCCGGAAUAACCGCACCUUGUUCGUUGUCGAUCGUAAGAACCCCAACCUCCUCUGGCCAGCCCUCUUGGAGAAGGCUUAUUUGAAGGUCCGCGGAGGCUAUGAUUUCCCUGGCAGCAACUCAGGCACAGAUCUAUGGGUUAUUACCGGAUGGAUACCCGAACAGUUGUUUCUCCAGAGUGAGGAUGUCGACCUUGAAGGCACUUGGGACAACAUCAAGGAGGCCUACCAUGCCGGCAACCUCAUCAUCACACUGGGCACCGGGCGGUUGACUCAAUCAGAAGAGGACGCCCUAGGCCUCGUUGGCGAACACGAUUAUGCAGUGCUGGAGAUUGACAGCGCACCUGGAGCCCGCCGGCUUCUUGUUAAAAACCCGUGGUGCGAUGGUCUUGUCUGGAAAGGGGUCGGGUCAUCCGGGCUUGUCGAAAAAACGGUGGCCCUGUCGCUGUCGGACACGUCCGUGUCAGUCGAGCCAAAGUCUUCGGAGCACUCGAGGCCAGUUGGCUCUUUCUGGAUUUCGGUCGAGGACGUUGCCCAAAACUUUGAGUCCAUGUACCUCAACUGGAAUCCGGAUAUGUUCACACACCGGCAGGAUCACCACUUUACAUGGCACGUGCCGACCAAGAACAUGACCUCCUCCCUCGCCCACAACCCGCAAUACUCAGUGCUCUCACGAAGCGGGGAGACUGUAUGGAUCCUGCUGAGCCGACACUUUGCAGACGAAGAGCUCGAUAUUGCACGCAACAAGUCAGCUUCUUUGGCGGCGGUCUCUAGGCAGCUUGGCUUCACGAGCAUCUUCAUCUUCGAGAGUGAAGGCAAAAAAGUGCAGGUGAGAGAGGGCUUCGUAUACCAGGGUCCCUAUGUCGACUCGCCGCAGACACUGGCCAAGUUCAGACUUCGCGCCGGCAAGCCCUAUACCAUUGUCAUGGCCCACCAGGACCUGCCACUGGACAAUUACUCGUGCACAUUUACCCUCUUCUCACGGGCGCCCCUUGAGGUUAAGCCUGCUGAGGAAGAUAUGAGGCAUUACAAAGAGUUCUCGAGUGCCUGGACACGGAGGACCGCCGGAGGCAAUGCGUCGUCCAUUACGUACUCACAAAACCCCCAGUUCAGCAUAUCCAUCCCAAGGGCUACACCGCUUUCCAUUCUUCUUUCGUCAGGGGAUCGGGAGGUGGCCAUUCAUGUCGAUCUGGUGUGGGCCCACGGCAAGAGAGUCACAUCGAUCGGGGUCAAGGAUGUUGUGGCCAGUUCUGGCGACUAUCGAAGAGGCAACGCUCUCGUGCAGGUUCCGUCGGUGGAGCCAGGCACUUACACCAUCGUCUGCUCGACGUGGGAGCCAGGGCAGCUCGCCGACUUUGGCAUGCGCGUAGGCUCUCAGGUAGAAUGUCAGAUACAGCCCGUGCUGAGCGACGGUGCUGGUCUAUUGCGGACUCGCACGCCAGCCAUCGCCUUUAGCGAGGGGGAAGAGAAGAGGCGAGCGCCCCUCACAGUGACAAGGCUCUCUCGGGCCCAAGUUGUUGCACGUUGCCCCCUCCUAACGGGACGGAACGGCCAGCACAUCCCCACAACGGCCGUCCGCAUCUCUCUCGUGUAUGGGAGGGGUCCCGAGGAGUCGGUGCUUGCCAUGUCGGGCGGCGGCGAGUUCCGGGAGCUCACCAUGGCAGUCCGAACUCCCGAAUUCGACCUCGAGCCCGACCGUCUGCGACAAGAUCAAUUAUGGCUCGUUGUUGAACAGCUCGGAAGCCAGCAAGGUCGCCAAAGCAUUGAGGUGGAGUUUCUAAGUGAUAAUGCGGUUCAUGUCGGCGACUGGCAGGUUGUCGAUGGCUAG